AUGGCGUAUCAAUCAGAAUUUCGACAUGAUUCUGAUGCUAGAAUUGUUGAUGAUAACCAUGGUUAUGAUAAUGAUGAUGAUAAUGGAGGUGAAUUUGAAGAUAUCGUAAACAGAGACGAAGGCUUUACUGAGGCAAAGGAAUCUGAACUUUAUCUCAAAAAAGUCAAGUCUGAUGAUGAGGCAUAUGAGUUGUACAAUAAUUAUGCAUUUAAACAUGGAUUUGGUGCACGUAAGGCGAAAAAGAAUUUUAGAGAAGAUAAGGCUACUAUUCGCCAACGAUUUUGUGUUUGUUCUUAUGCUGGUUUUAAGAAAGAAAGAAAGCCAGGUGAUGAACCAAAAGUGUAUCAGAAGAGAAACUUUUGCACAGGAUGCAAAGCAAUGAUUCAAUUUGAUGUUGAAUUAGAUUCUGGUUUGUUUGUUGUUGUCAAACAUCUCAUGGAUCAUAAUCAUAGCAGAGUUCCAAUCAGUCAAGAACAAUUUGGUAUGCUUAAUAGUUUAACUGAGAAUGGUAUACGUGUUGCUGAUGUUGUUCGAGUUUUAAAAAAUCAAGUUGGUGAUGAGAAAAAUUUGGGAUUUCUUUGCAGCGAUGCUUAUGAUGCUUUAGCUUCAGAGAAGAGGAAGAAGUUUGAUGGUUGUGAUACUAAGCAACUAUUCAGUUAUUUUAAAGAACGCAAAUCAAAUGAGUAUGACUUCUACUAUGAUUUUGAUGUUGAUGAUAAAGGUCAUUUGCAAUCUUUCUUCUUUCGAGACAAUAGGAUGAAGGUUGAUUAUGAUGCUUUUGGGGAUUUAUUGGUUCAUGAUACAACAUAUCGUACAAAUAAAUAUGCUAUGAUUUGUGGUCCAUUUGUUGGUAUGAAUCAUCACAAUAAAAAUGUUAUGUUUGGCAUUGGAUUUUUGAUUAAUGAGAAGUGGGAGUCAUUUGUGUGGUUGUUCACUACCUUUUUGAAAUCGAUGGGCGGUAAACAUCCCGUUACAAUCAUAACUGAUCAGGCCCAAGCUAUGGCCAAGGCUAUUAGAAUUGUCUUCCCAAAUUCUCGGCAUCGAUUAUGUACUUGGCAUAUCAAAGAGAAUUCAAAGAAAAAUAUCAAAGGACUGAGGGCAAAAGAAGGGUUUAAUGAAUUGUUUGACAUAGUCCUAAAAUACACAGAUACUAUUCAGGAGGUUGAGCACUAUUGGUCUAGCAUGCUUACAAAAUAUGAUUGCAAGAAUAAUAGUUGGAUCAACAACUUGUAUAACAUCAGAGACAUGUGGUGCCCUGCAUACUGUAAGGACUAUUUUAGUGGUGGUAUUUUAUCUUCUCAGAGAAGUGAAACUACAAACAGGUCUGUUUCCCGUAGACUUCAUAUCACUCAUGGGCUUUGUGAGUUUUACAAUUCUUUCAUUGAGGUUGUUGAUGAAUGGAGGAGUAAAGAAAGCAGAAAUGAUUAUGACAGCAUGACUGGCAAUCGUCAUUUAGUGUGGGCAGAUGUUGGUUUGUUAGAGCAUGCUCGAAACAUUUACACAAUUCAAGUGUAUAUACAAUUUCAGGAUAAUUUUUUGAUUGUACAUGCAAAUAUUUUAGUGAGGUUGGACUACUAUGUAAGCAUUCAUUGUGUGUUCUUCAUUUGA